UAUAGGUUGAGUUUAUAUCCUCCUAAUUUCUCCCGUCUUGUCUAAACUCACCCUCUUCUCUCGUUCUCAAAACGGGCGCAAAAUCAGUGGCAAUUUUGCAAUUCAAACAAUUUCAUCGUCUUCACUGCAACUUUUAUACUAAAUAAUUUCUGUAAUUGUUUUCCUCUUAUUCGGAAAAUUUUAGCAAAAAUGGCGGCUGUAACUUCAUCGCCAGUUCUCAGCAACAAUGGUUCCGAAACGAGUGCUAACAACGUCCCUUCUACUCCUCCACCGCCAUCAACGAUUACUACAUCCUCUGUAAAAAGCCCUAAUCUUUCUACGGUUUCGUUGCAAAGAUCUGAAGCUCCCAAGAAUCUUCGAGGACUCAAUAAACCCAAGUGUAUUAAGUGUGGUAAUGUCGCUAGGUCUAGGUGCCCUUAUCAGUCCUGCAAAAGUUGUUGUUCAAAAGCCCAGAAUCCCUGCCAUAUACAUGUUUUAAAGCCAAAUUCUACUCUUGCUGAUAGAGGAGCUUCUUCAAACCCCGUGGUACCGGAGCAACAACCGAGUGAAGCAGCAACCCCUGGGACCUCAGCUAAAGCGAAUUCCCUUCGUCAACUUUCUAGCACUUUUUCGCAGUUCAACAAUGUACAUAUUCCGCUCCGCUCAAGGAAGCCACUAACCAGAAAGGAGGCACUGACUAUAAAUGAAUGGAGGUUUGCCAAGUUAAAGGAAUACAAGGAAGCAAACAUUGAAGCAGAAAAUGAAGCUUUUGAUAGGUACAUGCAGAAUAUCAACUUAUUAAAAGAGGUGUUUGACGUUAAUUCUGAGAGGCCAGACGAGGAUGAAAUCUUGGCGUCAAACCCGCCCACGACUUCAGGUGAGAAAAAGGAGUUAAUCUCAGAAAUGAAGGUAAUCCUAAGAUCAAACCCUAUGCGAAGUGAUACAUUUAGGAAGAGGAUUCGACAAACAAUUGAUCAAGGGUUGAGCAAGCUUAAGACAAAUAAUGCGAUUGAAGAACCUAACAGCCUAGACAAAGAUGCUGAAUCGGCCCCUAAGGCAGCUAAAAAUUGUUCGACUCUGGAAACCUCAGCUUUAACCGAAUUGAAUUAUAAGUUAAAUAGAGCUCGAAAUGAAGAUGACUUAAAGCUUUGUAUCCAGAUGAGGUUAGACAUCAACAGCCAACAAAAGAUAAGCCAGGAAAUGAAAACCGACAGCUCAGUGGUAAUGGAGGAGCAUACAGCCCCGAGCAAGUUGCCUUCAGCACCGGAAUGUGACUUUCCGCUGAAAAUGGUAAAAAGUAGAGAAAUAGAUCAAGAUGUUCUCAGUAAAAUGGAUUUCCAUUUUUCGUCCAUAGAAGAAAUAGAAGAUCUAUAGGUUUAAACUUUCCAAUUCUCAGUAAAGGGUUGUGAAUUUUCUAGCAUUGUUGUAAGUUUAAUCUUGAUCUUUGGUAGUUCUAAUAUUUGUAAUUUUGAUUAGGGAUCAAACUCAUUAAGCUUUGAGAUACCUUCAAUGGUUCAAGCUGUAACAUACUAGUAUAGUAGUUGCUCAGUGGUUUUGUCAUAUUCUUCAAAACUUAACGACAUUCUUCAUUUCAUUUUGAAUCAUUUAUAAAUUCUAGUCACAUAGUUUAGCUUAUUUAUUAAUUAGAGCUACAAAGUUUAUUUUUAUGAGU